AUGCCUUCUGCGAGUUCGAAGUCAGAAAAACCAGCGUCCACGGAGGCUGUAGAUCCGCUUAAGCAAGCAAUUGUCAUUAUAGGACAUAAAAUUAGAAACCUUGAAAAAAGAAAGAGUAAGUUAGACUCAUAUAAGGAGAGUAUUGAUUCGCUUACAAAGGGACAGAUUGAAGCUGUUGCCAAAUAUGACGAAGUUGUACAUCAAUUGGAGCUUUCAAAAGAAUAUGUUAAACAGUUUAAAGUUAUUAGUGAUGAAAAUGAUAAAGAGAAAAAGAAACAAGCUAAAAAAGAUGCGCAAGACAAGUAUUUGUUAGAAAUAAGCAAAAUAAAACAGAUCUUGGAAAUUCAGGAUGUUUUGCAAAGCAUAAAAACGGAAAAUGUCAGACAGGAUUUCUUAGAAGGACAAAAUGGAGCCGUAAAGCUAACAGAAGCUGAUUUUAAAGUUUUGGAUGAUCUUAGUACUGAAAUUUUGCCUAAAAGAUUUUCAGAUGAUGGUACACGUUUUGAAAAUGAUCAGUUUCAGAAAGCUGCAGAGAAUUUCAUAACUAUUGUCGAUGGGAAACCGAAAAAAUUAGCAGGUUCAACUGGUACAAAGUUAAAAGAAUUAAUUAUAUCAAUUCACACGAGUGGAUAUUUUGAUAGACCUGCUGAUGAAAAAGCCUCUGCACCUCAGGAUUUGAAUACUGUUAAAAAUGAAGAAGAAUUUACAGAUACUAAAGAAAUGAUAAGCAACAUUAUUGUGCCUACUCAAACUUCAACCGAAGGAAAUCAUUUGUCUAUUCAAAAUUCUGGUCCUGUUCAAAAUAUAAUACCGGGAAAUCAUAUUAUGCCUGGAGCACAACCAGCAAUGAUUCCCCCUAAUCAACAUCCAAUUCUACCUCCCAAUGUUACAAAUAUUGUUCCAACUCCCGUUUCUCAGGUGGAAAGUGGGUUUUUUAAUGCACAAGGAUUUAAACCACCAACUGCACCUAACGCUCCUCCGUCCAAUCAGAAUAACCGACAAAUAAACGAUGUGAUUCAAAACGUUGCUGGAAAAUUCAGUUUUCUUCAAGAAUCGGAACUCGAUAUUGGAGAAUUAAAUUCAGUUGUAAUUACAGGCAAUCCUAAUUUAGCAGCGCCUCAAAUGCCUGGAACUACUCCCAUACCGACUCAAACGUUCACCAAUCAAAAUUUUAACAAUCAAACUGGGAAUGCACCGACUUAUCCUACAAAUUAUCCUCCUCCUCAACCUCCUCCCACCUAUCAAACUUUUGUUCCAGCUUUUCCCGGUUUUGUCCCACCUAAUGCAUCUACAGUUCAAAAUUCUACAGUUAGUCAUAGUGUCUCGAAUCCUACAACAAUCGCUCCCGUCAGCAAUUCCAUAAAUCAAAACCUGUCAAAUAGUAAUAGUACUAAUGUAGAAAAGCAGGACAAUGAAAAGCCGGAUUGGUCUCAAACGGAGAGUACAAAUUGGGCCGAUGAUUGGGUAGAAACGUCAGAAUGGAAUUCCGUUAAUCAAACCCAAUCGGAAGGAUUCCGAGAUUCUCAAAACAAUCCGGGGAGUGGUGGGGGACCGAAUUAUUAUCAAAAUCAAAACGGAUACCAAGGAAGAAAUAAUGAAUAUUCAACGGGGAAAGGUUCAGAUCUAAGGGAUAAUAAUAGCAGCUUUAAAGAACGUGGGGAAUACAACAAUAGAGACAGAGAUUCUUACGGUGGAGGUUUCAAAAGAGGUCUCAGCAAUCGAGGACCUGGAAUGAAACCUGGACCUGGAGACCGCGGUGAUAAAUCUCAAAUGCAGAUUCCUAGAAAUAAUCUUGGCGGAGGUCCUAGAAUUUCGAGAAAUAUAAAUAAUAAUCGUCAACCGGGAGGAAAUAGAGGAGGAGGUCCUCCUAAUUUUCCAAGGCAGCCACCUAAUCCUACCGCUCCUGUAGGACCCAAAUGA